CCACACCAAACUCUACCUUCAAUCACUCCUUGAUUAAAAAACACAUAAAACAAAACAAAACAGAAAAAGAAAAGAAAAACACAAUCUCAAUUCUCAACCUUAAACUGUUGUUGAUGUUAGUUUAUAUUGUUCCAUCUCUCAUUCUCAAUUUCUCACCCUAGUGGGAGAGAGAAAGAGUAACUUCCAUCACCAUUUUCUCAACACCCACCACCUCAAAAUCAAAUCUUUCACCUCUUUCUGAAUCCACCACGUUCCGAAUUGGUGAUUAGCACUUGUGGGUAUCUGAGAAGAGGGUUUUCUCUCUUCUGGGAUUCCCCCAAAUUUCACUACUAUGAAGAAAUUGAAAAACUAUUACAUGCAUUUGAGGCAUCAUCAUCAUCAUCACCAUCAAUCUUCCUCUGCAGAACGCAAAUGGGUGUUCCCUCUCGCCAUUGGUUCAAUCCUCUCCCUGUUUCUCCUCUUCGUCGUGACCCUCACUUCACCUCAAGGCACGCCGAUCCUCCCAUUCUACCGCUCCGUCACCGCUUCCUACUCCGUCUUCGUUGAAUCCAAGCUGCAUCCUCUCCCUAUCUCCGACCUCCCUCCUCCGCCGCGGUUUGCUUAUCUAAUCUCCGGCUCCGCCGGAGACGGAGCCGCAGCGAAGCGUGUGCUGCUGGCGCUGUACCACCCCCGUAAUCAAUAUGUAUUGCACUUGGACCUUGAGGCCUCGCCGGAGGAGCGUGCGGAUCUGCACGAGUUUGUGAAGAGCAACCCGCUGUUCCAGCGGUUUGGGAAUGUGAGGAUGAUCGCGAAGGCGAAUCUGGUUACGUAUAGGGGGCCUACCAUGGUGGCGAAUACCCUCCAUGCGGCGGCGAUUUUGCUCCGGGAGUGUGGGGAUUGGGACUGGUUUAUCAAUCUCAGUGCCUCUGAUUAUCCCCUUGUCUCACAAGAUGAUCUGCUGCACACGUUUUCUUACUUGCCUCGUGAUCUUAAUUUCAUCGAUCAUACUAGUGACAUUGGAUGGAAAGAUCAUCAGCGGGCGAGGCCGAUUAUCAUUGAUCCGGGGUUGUACAUGACUAAGAAGCAAGAUGUGUUCUGGAUUACACAGAAGAGGAGUAGGCCAACAGCUUUCAAGCUUUUCACAGGUUCGGCUUGGAUGGCACUUUCAAGAUCUUUCAUUGACUACUGCAUAUGGGGAUGGGACAACCUACCACGGACUGUUCUUAUGUACUAUUCUAAUUUCAUAUCUUCCCCUGAAGGAUACUUCCACACAGUUAUUUGUAAUGCACAAGAGUUCAGGAACACAACUGUGAAUAGUGAUCUACAUUUCAUUUCUUGGGACAAUCCUCCCAAGCAACAUCCUCACUACCUUAUACUUGCUGACAUGAAAAGCAUGGUUGAUAGCAACGCUCCAUUUGCAAGGAAAUUCCACAGAGAAGAUCCAGUAUUGGACCAAAUUGAUUCUGAACUAUUAUCCAGAGGUGCUGGAAUGCCUGUUCCUGGAGGUUGGUGCAUAGGAAGCAGGGAGAAUGGCACUGAUCCCUGCUCUGUGAUCGGUAACACCACAGUCCUGAGGCCCAGCCAAGGUUCGAAAAGGCUCGAAACAUUAAUCAGCUCGUUGCUGUCAAAUGAAAAGUUCCGGCCUCGACAAUGCAAAUGAGAAGAAGCAAGAGGUAACAGCAGCAGCAUUCUAGAAUUAUUUUCCCUGCCAGUGGCUUUAGUUUACACUAGCACAAUCAGUAAAUUAGUGUUUGAUUCCAGUAGGAAAGAAAUAGUGAAAGUAUACACAUUGUCUUUGAUGUUGAGAAGAAAAAGUGAGACAAAUCUGGUGAGAACUUAAAUUGACUAUGGAGUUGGAUCACACACUGUAAUAUUAUUAUGUUGUAUAUGAUGUUACACGUUACUCUGUAGCCAGUGGUCACUUCCUUCCUUCUUUUUACUUGCCCUGACCUCAAUCCAACCAAUCAGUGAAACAUUGAGCACUGACCAGUGUUGAAGUUUCUACCUUUGCUGCCAUAUAUUGUACCUCUGGAACAAGUAAGAAAGGGAUAAAGAGGAUGGGGGUGGUGGGAAGGGGAAACACUUUAUGUAUUAUUUUUCUUUUAUUAAUAUGUUUUUCCAAUUGAUGGUGUUA